AUGAUUGAAAGAUGGGAUUUUGAAAGAUUUUAAGCGGACCAUCCUGAUAGUUUUGAUAAAUUAGGUUAGUAAUUCAUCGACGAAAUCCAGAUAAACAUAAGGGAAAUAAAUGAUCUAUUCUGUUAAAAAUAGUUUUCUAAAUCACUAUGCAAUUUUACUGAUAUCACUUGCUCUAGCAUGUAUUAUUUUAUUAUUAUAAUAGAAAAGUCUCUGCGUUAUCAUUAGGUGAGGCUGCAAAAAAUUUAAAAACCUUAUUAGAUUAAUAUAUGGAAGAGGUAGAAGGAAUUAUUAAAUCAGGAGAUAAUUUUAAUUACGAACAACAGAGAGAGGCAGCUUUUUAAUUUAUUAAAAUUAUGGAGAUUGCAAGAGAAACUAUUAAUGAUUGGUUACAAUUUAGGAAUUAAACUAGAUUGCCAGAUCUAUUUGAAAAAGAAAGUAAUAAAUUACAUAAAUUAAUUAGUCGAAUAAUUAAGUGACACUUAUAGAGACCAACCGAAUCAAAAUUGUUCUAUUUUUUAAGAUUGUUCUAUUUGUUAACAUUGUUCUCUUUGUUAACUUAUAUGAUGAGUUAAUUUCAUUUAAUAAAUUUCUUCCUUUACAAAAUAUCAUGCCC